AUGGGAUUUACUUGGUAUGGAAAUGAAAAUUGUUCUCAACAGAAUGCAUUUUCACAAAAUAAAGAAUCAGUAAUUUUUGAGAAAAAGGUUACUAUUCCUAAUAAAGCACUUGAAGCUAGUUAUAAAGUGGCAGAAUUAAUAGUUGAAAAUAAAAAACCACAUACAAUAGGUGAAUCUUUAAUUCUUCCAGCCUGUUCAAAAAUAGUGCGUAUUAUGUUUGGUAGUGAGGCUGAAGCCGAAAUAAAAAAAAUACCUCUUUCGAAUAAUACUAUUCGUAGACGCGUCCAAGAUAUGUCAGAAGACAUAGAAAAAAAUGUGGGGGAAAAAAUUAAAGCUUCAAAUGGUUUUUGUCUUCAAAUUGACGAAUCCACUGACACAAGUGAAGUAGGAUGGCUAUCGCGUGGUAAAGUUUUGUCCAGAGUACAUGAGUUAAAAAAUGAACUUAUCGUGUUUUUUACUCUUGAAAAUGUACCAGAAUUUUGUGAAUUAUUAACGAACGAAAAAUGGUUGGAAAAACUAUCAUACUUGGCAGACAUAUUUUCACACUUAAAUCAAAUAAAUUCAAGUAUGCAAGGACCAAAUGAAAAUAUAUUAACAUCGUGUAGUAAGUUAUUUACUCUUAAAGAUAAAUUAAAAAUCUGGAAAAAACGUGUGCAAAAAAAUCAAUUUGAUAUGUUUCCUUCAUUACGAAUAUCUGUAACAGAAGAAAGUUCCGAAGUUAUGACAUUUAUAAUGGAGCAUUUGACUGCCUUAGAAGAAAGUAUAGACAAGUAUUUUCCUAAUUUAGAUAUUUCCGAGUAUGAUUGGAUAAAUGAUCCAUUUGAUAAAAAUAUAUGUUUAACUGAAUUUAGCCUUGAAGAAGAAGAAGAGCUCGCUGAAAUACGAAACAAUCGAACUCUUUUAUUAAAAUACAAAAAUGUUUCAUUAAAUGAAUUUUGGAUUCAGGUUGAAAAAAUUCAUGCUGAAAUUGGCAAAAAAAGCUCUAAAAAUAUUACUGCAGUUUUCGACAUCAUAUUUAUGUGA